AUAAAUAAAUACAAGGAGCGAGAUAAACCGGGUGGACACAUUCCGGAAGACUAGAAUAGUUUCGAAUCUAAUUGCCGAUGAGAAUUUAUCAUUAUAAAUAUUGAACAGAAUCCACCAAUAUCGAAUGUGGUCCUACAUAUUUAAAGACUGCAAAAACUCCCACUCAGUUUUUCGGGAUCUUGUUACUCUUCUCGGUCUUUGUUAGUUCAAUGUAAAACGGGGCAGGGCCAAGGUUGGAACUAAACCAAGAUGGCCGCCUUCAGAGUAAGGAUGGGGCCUCUGUUAGUGUUGUGUCUGGCUGCCUGCCUCAGUGGCGCCUGGGCGGUGGACCGGGGGAACUUCAAAACCUGUGACCAGAGUGCCUUCUGCAAGCGUCAGCGAGCGUUGAAGCCUGGCCAGUCCCCGUACAGAGCCCUACUGGAGACCCUGGAGCUCACCAACACCAAACUCACUCUGCAGCUCAUCAAUGACAACAACAAGGUGCGUCUGCUGCUCGAGCUCUAUCGUCUCCAGGGCAACAUGACCAGGGUGAAGAUAAACGAGUUGAAGCCGCUGAAGCCUCGCUUUGAGGUCCCCGAUGUGCUCAUCAACGACCCUCCCACAGAGCCUCUGUCUCUCCUGUCGCAGGAUGAGAACGGGGUGGUUCUGUCUUUGGGGGCAGACUCUCAGCGGCUGAUCGUCAGUGCUAAACCGUUCCGAUUGGACAUCAUGGAGGGGCGGGAGGUUCUUCUGUCGCUUAACUCCCGUGGCCUGCUGGCCUUCGAGCACCUCCGGAUCCGCAAGGAUACUCAGGUAGACCCAGAAGGAACUGAGAAGAAAGAAGAAACUGAUGCUGCCAACGAACCGGCAGGAGGAGAGGAGGAGACGGCAAAGCAGGAUGAGAAAAUGGAGGAUGGAAUGUGGGAAGAGACAUUCAAAUCGCACACAGACAACAAACCCAAUGGCCCUUCCUCCAUCAGUCUGGACUUCUCUCUGCCAGGGGUGGAGCAUGUCUAUGGGAUCCCGGAACACGCAGACAGCCUUAAACUCAAAACCACUGAUGGAGGGGAUCCGUACCGGUUGUUUAACCUAGACGUGUUCCAGUAUGAGCUGUUCAACCCCAUGGCCUUGUACGGUGCCAUCCCUGUCAUGCUGUCCCACAGUGCACAGCGCACCAUGGGCAUCUUCUGGCUCAACGCUGCUGAGACCUGGGUGGACAUCAGCUCCAACACCGCCGGCAAGACUGUGUUUGGCCAGAUGCUGGACUACGUUCAGGGCUCCAGUGAGACGCCACAGACUGACGUGCGUUGGAUCUCAGAGAGUGGCAUCAUCGACGUCUUCAUCAUGCUGGGACCCACUCCCACUGAUGUCUUUUCCCAGUACGCAUCACUCACAGGUACCCAGGCCUUCCCUCCCCUGUCUGCGCUGGCUUACCACCAGUGCCGCUGGAACUACAAUGACCAGGAGGAUGUGGCGGCGGUGGACCAGGGCUUCGACGAGCACGACAUCCCCUACGACUUCAUCUGGCUGGACAUAGAGCACACGGACGGCAAGCGUUACUUCACCUGGGACCCUCACAAGUUCCCCCAGCCCAAAGACAUGCUGCAGGGUCUGGUAGACAAGAGACGCAAGAUGGUGACCAUUGUGGACCCCCACAUCAAGGUGGACAGCAGCUACAAGAUCCACAAUGAGAUCGGCUCCAAAGGGUUCUACGUCAAAAACAAAGAUGGCAGAGACUACGAGGGCUGGUGCUGGCCUGGUAAUUCUGGUUACCCAGACUUUACCAACCCUGAGAUGAGAGCUUGGUGGGCCAGUAUGUUUGCCUACGAUCAGUAUGAGGGUUCCAUGGAGAACAUGUAUACGUGGAACGAUAUGAACGAGCCGUCAGUGUUUAACGGACCAGAGGUCACCAUGCAUAAAGACGCCCUGCACGGGAACUGGGAGAACCGUGACCUCCACAACCUCUACGGACUCUAUGUGCAAAUGGCCACAGCAGAGGGUCUGAUUGAGCGUUCAGGGGGAGUGGAGAGGCCGUUUGUCCUGACCAGAGCCUUUUUCGCUGGCUCCCAGCGCUACGGUGCUGUGUGGACAGGUGAUAACACUGCUGAGUGGGACCAUCUGAAGAUCUCCAUCCCCAUGUGUCUCAGCCUGGGACUGGUUGGUGUCUCUUUCUGUGGAGCUGAUGUGGGUGGCUUCUUCAAGUCUCCCAGUACCGAGCUCCUGGUGCGCUGGUACCAGACGGGGGCGUACCAGCCCUUCUUCCGGGCCCAUGCCCAUCUGGACACCCCCCGCAGGGAGCCCUGGCUGUUUGGGCCCGAGAACACGGCUCUGAUCAGGGAGGCUGUCCGCCAGCGCUACGCCCUCCUGCCCUACUGGUACCAGCUGUUCUACCACGCCCACCACUCUGGCCAGCCCGUCAUGAGACCCCUGUGGGUGGAGUAUCCUCAGGAUACGGCCACGUUCUCCAUGGAUGACCAGUUCCUGCUUGGGAGAGAUCUGCUGGUGCACCCCGUGACUGAGGAGGGGGCCAGGGGUGUUACUCCCUACCUGCCUGGAAAAGGAGAGGUCUGGUUUGACGUCCACACGUUCCAGAAACACAACGGAGCCCAGAACCUCUACAUCCCUGUCACCAUGAGCUCUAUUCCAGUAUUCCAGCGCGGUGGUUCCAUUAUUCCCAGGAAGGCCAGGGUUCGAAGGUCAUCAUCCUGCAUGGAACACGACCCCUACACCUUAUUCGUUGCUCUCAGCCCAAAGAGAUUUGCCCAGGGCGAGCUCUACAUAGACGACGGCCACACCUUCAACUUUGACAAACAGAAACAGUUCAUCCACAGAAGACUUUCCUUUGCCAAUAACGCCCUGUCCUCCAGAAACCUGGCCCCUGGCUCCCAGUUCACCACUCCCUCCUGGAUUGAGAAGAUUGUCAUAUUGGGGGCCAGUAAGCCCAACAAGGCCACUCUGAAGACUCCUGAUGGCAAGGAAAGUCUGCUGGAGUUGGAGUUUGAUGCCUCCAUGUCGGUGUUAACCCUUCGCAAGCCGGGCGUCAACGCAGGGGUGGACUGGACUGUGUUGCUUCAGUAACCAUGGAGAUUAAAAAUGGAGGGGGGGACGACUGAACCGGACUGAACAGGAAAGGAGGAGAGCGAUGGAGGAACUGAGUGGACACGGGCUGCAAUCGUAACGCACCAAGCAAGAUAUUGGAAGGACUGCUCUAAUAUGGUACACAGACUGGACAGGUGAUACAGGACUAUCCACAUAACAACACACACACACACACACACACACACACACACACACACACACACUUUCAUAACAAGCUUGGGCACAUAAACACACGUGGACAGGGCUUUGUUCGGUAGAUCUGAACUGUGUCUCUUCCAUCUCCACCUUGCAUUCUGUUAAACUGACGGUUGGUCAACUUACUGAAGGGUUACCAGGUAGAUUAUUCUUUGUUAGCUGCAUUUACGUAAAACAUUCUUCACAAUUCAAAUCAUGGUAUCAUUGUAGUGAAUGUUUGAGAGUACUCAAAGACAUUCAAGUCCGAUGGAUGAUUAUUUUAGGUUUUCCAUCAAGUAUACUUUAGAUGUAAAAUAUCAUUUGAAUAAGUUUGCUGACAACAAAAUGAAGACACUCAUUCACACAGUCUAGUUUCUAAUUCCAUAUCUGGCCAUCUCUUAUGACUUUAAAUUCUUAAUAUUUUUCAUGUUUUCAUUCCAUUAUAUAUUCCCCCUGUAAUUACUGAAGAGAAAUCAACAGGAACGCCAAACCGCUCCCUUUGCUUUCAGCUUAUGUGCCACAUUCUAUUCAGGUUUUAUUAGGGGGAUUUAGAAACUCCCCACCAACCAAGAAUGCUGCACUGAUCCAAGAGGAUCUGUAAAUGUCAUGUGCAUUUCUCUUAUUGCCAUAGUGUAUUGAGUCUUAUCUCUGAUUCCUAAUUUAAGGUUACUCAUUCCUUCUUAUUUUGCCCCCAAAUUAGUUUCUGACAAGAUUGUGCGUGCUUAGCUCAUCAUUACGAUGUUGUGUUUAAUGUGUUGGAGGUCAAAUACAUAAAGUACGGUCUGAACUACUGAAUGGAAGGGGAUUUGGCUUUUUAAGUAAACUCAUAUUUGGGAAUUAUUCCAAAACCACUGACUUUGGACACUCAUCCUAAUAACAUGUUUAUUUUUGUUCUGACUUGUCUAUGUUCAAUUUGUUUACUUGAUUAUCAAAUGCACUUGAAGAGAGGUCCAGAUUGAACUCAAAGCAGUUAGGGCCAGGCAUUGGGAUUAGAUUGUGGGUUGUGGUACAGGGUCACGGUCCAGUGAAUUCAGAGUGUCAUGCUCUUUAUAGUGUUGAUUUUAAUUAUGUCAAAAUUUAAAUGUUAUUUAGGAAAUAUAUAUGUUGUUUACAAAGAUGCAGUGAGCUCUCUGGAGACAAGCGACCGGUCCUAGUUGGUCAAAGCAUUGUUAUGGGGUUGUUGUAUUCCCUACUGUUGUUGGUAAUCAAGUAUUUUGAAGAGUUUUUCUUGAUUCUUUUGUGGUUGAGGAUUCAAAUCUUACUGCAGCAUUCUCAGGAAGAGUGUUGGAACUUGGAACCAAGGAGGCCAGUAAUAUGUGAUAAGAUGAGACCAAGUGAAAAUAAACCUGACCAAAUGUGAGAGGGCAUUGUUUUUAAUUAUGAAUUAAUGCGGCUUACGUAGAUUAGAUAGGGGUGGUAAUAAAGUAACUGUAUAUUCCCAA